AAGAACAUACCUGAGCUCAUGGAAAGAGGGGUGUAAGUUCUGUUAGACUUUGUUGGGUUCUCCUUUGCAUGGAUCAGAACAGAUCACAGUGAAGUGGUUUUAAGGGCAGACAGUGCUACUCCUCUAUGAUAUGGAGAUAUGUAGUAAACAGAAGAGAAGGAUUAGUUAUAGACUCACAGUAAAAGAAGAAGAUGGAGAAAGACGUUCAGAGCUCCAGUAAAGAUGUUUCUGGAGAAGAUGAGACUGGGACCAGUUUGUUUCACCAGCGGCUUGCACACAGGAAUCAACAGCGGUCAGAUGAUGAGAUGAAGUUUCUGUUACACAGGCUUUAUGUGGUCGGUUGUCUUCCCUCUGGACUCACAGACAGACGGACUGUAGUAGCUCACUAUGAGAGAUUCAUCUUCAGCCAGCAGAGACUCAGACCAGGUGAAGUUCUCACAGGACUUCUGUUGAUUUAUCCUGAACAUGUUUUGCACAUCAUCGAGUGUUCAACUGAAGUUCUGCUGUCUGUCAUCCAGGACCUGGCACACAUGCAGAAAAACCCAGACAGUGCUGUGAUCCUGAAGUCCAGAGUUGUGCUGGUAACUCACGACAUCUCAAGCAGACUCUUCCAGCAGUGGAGCUUCACGCUGUUUAAAGAGUUUGACAGCAGAGUCACGAUAAACUCAGAGGAGCAGAACUCUGAAGAACUCGUGAUCCAAACACUUCAUCAACUCCUACAGCUCAGCUCACACCUCCUCAAUACAGGAGACGAUAUCACGGAAUGUAAAGAGAUUUCAGAGGAGGUGCUGAAGGAGUCACAGCUGAUUCCUCCACUGUCUGCAGUGCGUCAUCUUCUCCAGAUGGAGGUGCUGUUGAGCCCGGUGCAGUAUCUGAAAACAUAUCACUCAUCACUACACCAUCAGCUGGACUCUGGUCAUGUAUUUGGGAGUCUUCAACCAAACACAGUAUAGAGUUUUGGCUUUGGGCCACAGAAAAUCUUCAUAUUCUCUGAACGACUGAACACAGAACGCUGACUCUUUGUCGACAACUAAUUCUCAGACAAAGAUAUUAAGUUCCCAUAUAUAUUUUACAUGAAUUAUUCUACCCAGAUACAAUUCACACUGCAGGAGUAAAAUGAAUAAAUGUCUUUUCAUGUUGAGUGAUACUCUGAAUAAAUGACACGCACAAAUAUUCAUAAAUAA